AAUAUAUUCAAACCCGAAGUCCGAAUUCAUCGAAUCGGCACUUUCCCCGAUCCGAUACCAAUUAGGGCUUUUUAUUUAAUUAAAAUUCGCUUUACCCGAUUUCUUGGGUCGUAUUCGGAUCCUGUUCGGGUCAAAUACGGGUUGCCAAUUUUCAAAAUUGAUUCAAUGGAGCUUUCUGAAGAGACAGUUCUAGUAGAUUGUAGUAGAUUAAAAUCAGCAGUAUGGAAAGACUUUGACCGGGUCAAACGAGGUGACACAUGUGUUGCUGUUUGUAAGCAUUGUAAGAAGAAACUCAGUGGUUCAAGUACAAGUGGCACGUCUCAUUUAAGAAAUCACUUAAUCAGAUGUCGAAGAAGAAAUAAUCACGACGUUUCUCAGUUGCUAACAUCAAAAAGAAAGAAAAAAGAAGGAUCUUUGACCCCGGUCAACUAUACUUACAGUCAUGAUCAUACAAAAACCGACACACCUAAUCUCAUUAGAUACGAACAAGCCCCGUUAAAAGACGGGCUUGUUAACGGAACCGCUGGUAACUUUGAGUACAAAAGAAGUCGAUUCGAUCUAGCCCGAAUGAUUAUCUUACAUGGUUAUCCUCUAGCUAUGGUGGAACAUAUUGGGUUUAAAGUAUUCGUUAGAAAACUUCAGCCGUUGUUUGAGCUCGUGACGCUCGAUGGAGUUGUGGCCGAUUGUAAGGAAAUUUACGUAAAAGAGAAACAAAAAGUAUGCGAAAUGUUGGAUGAACUUCCAGGGAAAAUCAGCCUAAGUGUCGACACGUGGACCGCAAAAGGUGACGGUAAGUACUUAUGUUUGACUGCACAUUCGGUUGACGACUCGUGGGCUUUACGAAAGAAGAUAUUAAGUUUUAUAUACGUAGACCCGGUUCAAACCGAAGACGUGGUUUCCGAAAUUGUAAUGGCGAGAUUAAUGGAAUGGGAUAUUGACCGGAAGUUGUUUUCUAUGACGUGUGACAGUUGUUCGAUUCACGACAGUAUUGUUUGUAAAGUUAGAGAACAUUUAUCGCAAAACCGGUUUCUGUUAUGUAACGGUCAGAUAUUCGAAGUAAGAUGCGCGGUAAAUAUCAUCAAAAUCAUGGUUGAAGAUUGUCUAGAAGCUCUCGAUUCAACAAUCUGCAAGAUCCGCGAAAGCAUACGGUACAUAAAAAGUUCACAAUCAAUUCACGAAAAGUUUAACGAAAUGGUUCAAGAAGUCGGAGCCGACAGCCAGAAAUCAUUGUAUCUCGAUAAUCCCGCUAAUUGGAAUUCAACUUACACAAUGCUCGAUGUCGCGUUGGAAUACCGUGAGGCGUUUUCGCGUCUUCAAGAACAUGAUUUCGCUUACACAAUGUGUCCGUCCGAUGAUGAAUGGAGUCAAGCUAGCACGAUAACGAGUUUUUUGAAGUUAUUCGUCGAAGUGGCGACGGUUUUUGCGGGAAGCAAGAUUCCAACCGCAAAUAUAUAUUUUCCCGAGGUUUGUGAUAUUCAUUUACAGUUAAUCGAUUGGUGUCAAAGCCGGGAUGAACUUAUAAGCUCGUUAUCGUUAAAAAUGAAAAGUAAAUUCGAUGAUUAUUGGAAGAAGUGCAGUUUGGUUUUAGCAGUUGCAGCCAUUUUAGACCCUCGGUUUAAAAUGAAACUAGUGGAAUAUUAUUACCCGCAAAUUUACGGCGGUGAUGCGCCCGAUUGUGUCGAUAUUGUUUCGAAUUGUAUGAGGGCGCUUUACAACGGGCACGAUGUGUACUCUACGUUAGCUUCUAACAGUCAGGUAGGUGGGAGUGACGGUGGGAAUGAUACCCGAGACCGGUUGACCGGGUUUGACCGGUUUCUUCAUGAGACUUCGCAAAAUCAAAAUGUGAAGUCUGACCUUGAUAAGUAUCUUGAGGAGCCGUUAUUUCCUCGUAACGUCGAUUUUAAUAUAUUAAAUUGGUGGAGAGUUCACACUCCUCGGUAUCCUGUUUUAUCUAUGAUGGCGAGAAACAUUUUGGGUAUUCCGAUGUCGAAGGUCUCGUUGGAUUCGGUUUUUGACACUGGAGAUAGAGUUCUUGAUCAAUAUAGAAGCUCGUUAAGUGCGGAUACUUUGCAAGCCCUUAUUUGCACACAAGAUUGGAUGCGAAACGGUUUAGAAGAUUCAAAAUCAUCUUCAAGCUCGUCGGCUUUAGCAAUCUGCUAUGAUGCAAAUUAGAUUGAAAUUGUUUAUUUAUUUAUAUGCUUUUAGAUCUUGUUCUCUAUAUAGAGCUGCUUUAUGAUAUACAAGCAUAUGCUAAUGCUAGUAUUUUAGUUUUAA